ACGGCGGUGAGCAGAAGCUGCGACUGAAGUGGUGUUGUUUUGUUAUAUUGGCAGCAUGCAGCACCUUACCGUGACACUGGUGCAUUUGCUUUUGUUUUUUAUUGAGCGGGUCAUUGCCCAACAAUGUUCUUCCCCUUGUAAGUGCCCAAAGGAUCCACCAAGAUGUACACCCGGAGUACGGCAAGUGUUGGACAGCUGCGGCUGCUGCCGGGUUUGUGCCAAGCAAGCGGGCGAAGUCUGCACCGAGAGCGACUCCUGUGACUCGCACCAGGGGCUACAGUGCGACUACAGCGCUGAUACCCGGCAAGGGCUGGGCGUUUGCAUGGCGCAUGAAGGUAAUAUUUGCAUGUAUGAUGGAGUUGUCUAUAGAAAUGGUGAGACAUUUCAGCCAAAUUGCAAAUACCAGUGUUCCUGUAAAGAUGGUCUGAUUGGCUGUGUGCCCCGCUGUAAUCUGGAUGUUCUCUUGCCGGGCCCUGAUUGCCCAUUUCCCAAACAAGUACAGAUGCCAGGAGAGUGUUGUGAGCAAUGGGUGUGUGACCACAAACAAGAAGCUCCUAUUGGAGGAUUUGCAAUGGCAGCUUACAGACAGGAGGCAACCUAUGAAUUGGAUUCACUUAACCCUAGUCUGAACUGUAUUCAGCAGACCACACAGUGGAGUGCCUGCUCCAAAACCUGUGGCAUGGGCAUCUCUACUCGUGUAACUAAUAAAAACCGCCAAUGUGAUAUGGUGAAGCAGAUACGAAUUUGUGAAGUUCGACCAUGUGGAGAUUACAAAUUCACUGUCAAAAAAGGGAAGAAGUGUGUCCGAACACCAAAAGCAACAAAACCAACACAAUUUGAAUAUAAUGACUGCAUAAGCCUCCAGUCCUACAAACCUAAAUAUUGUGGAGUUUGCAAUGAUGGGAGAUGCUGCACUCCUCACAGCACCAAAACAGCUCAGCUGGACUUCAAAUGUCCAGGAGGAAUAAUUGUUAAAAAGCAGAUGAUGAUCAUUACCACAUGCACCUGCCAUUAUAACUGCCCACAAGACAACACUGUACUCCAAACAGAUCAAAUAUCUCGUCCCUAAAUAUUUGACUCAUAAUUUAGAAGCUGGUUAUUACAGCAGUGUUUUUGUAUGAUUAAGUGGCUUUAACUACAUUAAUCAGGAUUUCAGUUUACCCCAUGAUUUGUGAAAAUACUUGAACGUUUUUAUUAAAUUUUGUAUUUAAACAAUGUUCUUGCCUAUUGCCUAGGUUGUAAAUAGAAAACUGACUUAUCGUUAUGAAUUCAUAUGAGAAUUGUAUCUGUACAGUUGCAUAUUAAAUGGUCAUUAAAAUAUAUUUUUUCUAAAAA